CUGUCAGACCCGGCCGCCAAGGAGAACUGCAUGAUGCACCUCCUGCGCUCGCUGCCGGACCCCAACCUCAUGACCUUCCUCACGCUGCUGGAGCACCUCAAACGGGUGGCCGAGAAGGAGCCCAUCAACAAGAUGUCGCUCCACAACCUGGCCACCGUGUUCGGCCCCACGCUGCUCAGGCCCUCCGAGGACACCACCAAGACGCAGCACAUCACCUCCGCCUCCGACAUCUGGUCCCACGACGUCAUGGCUCAGGUCCAGGUUCUGCUCUACUACCUGCAGCAUCCUCCCAUCUCCUUCGCCGAACUCAAACGCAACACGCUGUACUUCUCCACCGACGUGUAA